AUGGCACCGAGUUGGGUCAGUGCAUCAGGCAAGGAUAAGGGGGAGAUAUAUGGUGUAAUUGCAAAGCUGGUCUUCCAAAAUGACUCUGUGUACUCGAGCUUGUACGCUGCCAACCCUAUCAAGUUCCAUGACUCUGUGGCCUAUUGCAUUACAUGUCUGUGGAAUAAAUUCCAUGAUGUUCGUGAUGGGUUUGAGGCUACAGGGGCGGGCAUUAUGCCCAUUGAUUCAGAAACAUCUGAAAACUUACAUUACCAAGCAGCAAACGAGCAGAAUGAGAAUGCAAUGGUGAAGACUGACUACUACAUGCACAGACUAUAUGUAUGUCCAAACUUCAAAAUGAGUAUUUGUAGAGUGACUAUGCCUGACAUUGUAACAACUACCUCAUCACCAAAUCAGAGCCUGUGGAUUCAGAAGCAAUGUGAGGCAGGCCACAGCAGCAUGUACUCAUCCCAGAUGUGGCGCAAGAUGGAGGCCAGUAAUAACAACAUGAUACCUAAUAAUGACACAAUAUUGAGUGAUGGGCAGGCUACCAAAAGGCAUAAAGCUCACCAGUCACAUUCUGGAAGACACCAUAACACCAGUGCUGUAGUAAUGUAG